AUGUUUGAACUUAUACGUUCAGUUUCAUGUGAUAUAACUUGCUCUGUCUGUCCAAUUGAUGCCAAUAGUUUUGAUUAUUUCAUUACAACCGAUCGUUUACCAGAUAGACUUAAUAAUUGUACAUUACAAACGACUGAAGAUAAUUGUUUUAUUGAUGUUAUAUGGCAUCGAAAACCAGACAAAACUGAAAUAACAUUGAGUGCUAGAGAUAAUGAACAAUCGAUAUACAAUGAACACAAUCUUUAUACUGUUGUUAAUUUGGAAAAUAAAAAUUCUAAUUUCAUAUGGACUAGAUCGAUAUCAUACACAUGUUCUACUCAUAACUGUAAUAGUUUCAUUGUAUUAAAACGUUUAUUAAAUUCGUUAACAUUGAAUGAUUAUUUUCAUGAACUUGAAUAUCUUCUAAAACGAGAAGAACCAUUUGAUGGUAAUUGGUGUUGGUUUAAAGGAAAUACAACUUCAUUAGAAUGUGCAGUUUCAAUACCAUCAAAAUCUUGUAAAGGAUGUUUUUUUCAAGGAAUAAGUCGUGGUAAUGCAACAGAAAUCUGUGCAACCUGUUUGCAAGAUGAUAUCGGUGAAACAGCCUUAUCACAUGAAGUAGAUUUCAAUAUGACUGAUCGAACACGUAUUGAUCAUUGGAUACUUGAAUGUAAAUCAAGAAAUUGUAAUAUAGAAAAUAAUGGUUAUCUUAUUCGUCAAAAGAGUAUAUCAAAUUUUGAUUUUAUCAAAUUUUUAGAUAAUACUAAUAAUUCAAAUAUUUUGUCAUCUAUUAAAAAAAUUUUGUUGUUUUUUAUUGUUUUUCUCAUCAAAUUUCUUAAUUAA